GAGUCUUUGAUGGUUCGUGACCGGAAGUUCUCUAAUCAACGAAGGUGAAUCUGCGAGGGAGAGAAGGAAGAAGAGAGAGGUCAGUCGAAUCGAACGUGAUCUUGAUUUUGAUCUUGACUGUCAUUGUACUCGCCAUUGUCUCAGUCUCUAAGCCCCAUGUUCAGUUCGCUCUCUAAAACCCUCCUUCGCCCCCCCCUGUUCAUGCCCACCACCACUCUCAGAUUAAUCUCCACCGCCGCCGCCGCCACCACCUCGAAUCGACCCUCUUUCGCGGUCUCUUACCUCGUGAAUUCAUGUGGGUUGUCCCCGGAAUCGGCGUUGUUCGUUUCCGAACGCGUCAACUUCGAAACCUCGGCGAGACCCGACGCGAUCAUUGACGUCUUCAAGAACCAUGGUUUCUCUCAAUUCCAGAUUUCGGGUAUCAUUAGGAAGUGGCCUUGGCUGAUUUUGGCGAGUCCUGAGAGGACUGUCGGCUUUUCCGGCUCUGACCUGGCCAAAUUGAUCACUGCUGCUCCCUACAUAUUGACUAGGAGCUUAGAGAAGCACCUCAUCCCCAAUUUCGGUAGGCUUCGGGACUUUCUUCGGGGCGAUAAGUAUGCGGUUACGGCUAUUAGACGCAGUCCGAGAAUAUUGUCACAAGGUCUCGAGGCUACAGUUGAUCCUUUCGUCAAGAUUUUGAGAGAUAAGGGAGUGCGUCAAUCGAGCAUUGUGUGGUUAGUUAAGUGUCAGUCUAGGACGAUGAUAACGUUGUGUGGUCACCUCGAUGAAAUUGUGGAGAAAACCAAGGGGAUGGGCUUUGAUGAUCCUUCUGCGUCAAAGUUCGCUGUGGCUAUGUUAGCGAUCACAGGGAUGAGCGAAUCGACGUGGGAGAGGAAAUUCGAUGCUUAUAGCAGGUGGGGUUGGUCUAGAGAUGAUACCAUGAGAGCUUUUGUGAAGUGUCCUUGGUGCAUGGCCACGUCCGAGGAAAAAAUAAUGGCAAUGAUAGGAUUCUUUGUCAAGGAAAUGGGGUUUAAAUCUUCAUUUCUUCUGCGACAUCCUUCGUUGAUGUCGCUGAGCUUAGAAAGACGGAUUCGUCCUCGAUGUUUGGUUUUUAAACAUCUGUCGUCGCAUGGUCUGAUGAAGACGAAGAUUGGCUUGACUUCCCUGUUGACGAUUUCGGAAGUAGAUUUCCUGGAGAAGUUUUUGACCCCUCAUAUCGAGGAAGCUCCGGAAUUGCUGGAUCUAUAUCAGGAGAAGAAGCAGAUGGCGACGGGGACACUGGUUCCAUGAAAUGGCACAGGCUACCAACUAAUUCGUUUGUCCCUCUUUCCUUAAAGCAAAGAUAGAUUGAAAGUUUGCUCUGGCAAACCCUGCUUCACCGCCCAUCAUUUUCACCUCCUGCACUCAGAUUCAUCUCCAGCACCGCCGCCGCCACCUUGAAUCAACCCUCUUUUGCGGUCUCUUAUUUCGUGAGUUCGUGUGGGUUGUCUCCUGAAUCGGCGUUGUUCGUGUCCAACCAUGUCAACUUCAAGGCCGCUAGACCCAACUUGGUCAUUCACUUCUUCCAGAACGAUAAUGGCCUACUAUCGAUCCCAGAUCUUAAAGAUCACUAGGGACACUUCCUCAGCUGAUCGUGGCCAGUCCUGGGAUGACCCUCUUGCCCAAAUUCAAUUAUUUGUGCUCUCUCGGCUUUUCCCACUAUAAACCUGGCCAGAGUCAUCACUGCUCUUCAGGUAUGUUGAUGGGAGCUUAGAGAAGGGCCUCAUCGCUCUCCGCUCUUUAUGGAACGAUUGUUAUCAGAGUUUCAUUUUUUCUGCAUGCUGCAGUCACAUCAUAAGGAAGGACAGUACUACCCAAAAAUGCAAAUGAUUCAAGAUAACUGGUAUUUUGCAGAAUGUAUUUAGUAGAACAGAGCUCUUUAUAUAAGCUAGAGUGAGUUGGAAGUGGGCAUUAUGCGAAUUAGUGAAAGCUUUACUGCUCGUUGUAUUCGUCAUGAGAUGAUGGAUAGGAAUCAGAUUCGGAGGCCGGCAGGUCCACUUCGUGUUUUCUCUAGAAGGCGACGAAUAAAGAGUGCGCAUAUGAGGAAAAGAGUCUAAUGGAAAUUUCUCUUUUUUGAAUCAUUUGUAUAGAGGCUUCUGCCUCUUCAUUUCAUUGACAUAUUACAUAAAGAUUACUCGCUGCCUAAAGCCCAAGCCAAA